AUGGCUGGGCAGGGCCAUCCCCUCGGCGUAACGCCGCCGAUCUCCACCGCGUUGCCAACCGAAGCCGAGCAUGCGACCAACAAGACAAUGCUUGAAGAACUGAAGCAGCAAAAGACGUUUGAGUCCCCAGCAGAAACACAGAAGAGACACCAGGUACUCGAGCAACUCCAAACCAUCUGCGAUGAAUUCGUCAAACAAGUGGCGCGCAAGAGAGAAGAAGGCAGCGAAGCAUUGAUUAAAGAUGCCCGAGGUAGGAUUUUCACCUAUGGUAGUUUUAGGCUUGGGGUCUACGGUCCUGGGUCCGAUAUCGAUACUCUCGUUGUCGUUCCUAAGUACGUCACGCGCGACGACUACUUCGAAAUCUUCCCGGGCCUUCUCCAGAAAAUGACACCAGCCGACGCCAUUACCGAUUUGGCCGUGGUAUCUGACGCAUUCGUUCCCAUCAUCAAGUUCGAGUUCUUCGGCAUCAGCAUCGAUCUGAUUUUUUCGCGAAUCGCCAGCCUGAAGCAGCUUCCCAAAGACCCGCAAUGGAGUCUUGCAGACUCCAACCUGCUCAGGGGUCUCGACGAGCGAGAACUUCGGUCCCUGAAUGGCACACGUGUCACCGACGAGAUCAUAAACCUGGUACCUGAGCCCAGCACCUUCCGGCUUGCUCUGCGAGCAAUCAAGCUCUGGGCCCAACGCCGAGCCAUAUACGCCAACAUUAUGGGCUUCCCCGGCGGUGUCGCGUGGGCCAUGCUCGUGGCUCGAGUCUGCCAGCUGUACCCGAAGGCCACCAGUUCCGUCAUUGUUAACAAGUUCUUCCACAUCAUGAGGCGGUGGCCCUGGCCUCAACCUGUCCUCCUCAAGGCAGUCGAAGAGGGGCCUCUACAGGUCCGCGUUUGGAACCCAAAGCUGUACCGUGGCGACCAAUUCCACUUGAUGCCCAUCAUCACACCCGCGUACCCGUCUAUGUGUGCGACCUUUAACAUUACCAAGUCGGCCAUGACGGUUAUACAGCGCGAGCUACAACGCGGUUGCGAAAUUACAGAUAACGUCAUGCUUUCCAAACGGCCGUGGGGCGACCUCUUCAUCAAACAUACCUUCUUCACCUCAGGGUACAAGUAUUACAUUUCCGUUGUUACUACCAGCACUACCAAAGAGGCGCAUAAAAUAUGGUCUGGCUAUGUUGAGUCCAAGGUCCGCGUGCUUGUCCAAGGACUUGAGCAGCAUCAAUCUAUUGCUAUCGCUCACGCUUUCAACAAAGGCUACGAUCGUCGUCACGUGUGCCACAACGAGACAGAGCUCAGCCAGGUUCAGGAAGGUAGUUUACAGUACCUUGCCGGGCAAGAGACUAUAGAAACCCCCAACCCCGAAAUCGCGGAUGCAAAGACCGAAGGCGGUCUUGCGUUAGACGACUUACCAGUGGAUGGAGCUACGGAGACGGGAAUUGAAGCCAACGGAAAUGGUGAAGGGGUCGAAGAAGAGGUGCAGAUAUGGCCGACAGACGUUUUCACUACCACUCACUACAUCGGUCUCGAGCUGGGCGAAGGCGCAAAAUCACUUGAUCUCUCCUAUCAAGUCGACAGUUUUAAGCAACUAUGCGGCCAGUGGGAGAAGUACAGCGCAAAGCUUAACCAUUUGACGGUGCAACACGUUCGGAACUUCAAUCUUCCCGACGAUCUCUUCGAACCAGGCGAGAAGAAGCCGCAGAAGCAACAGAAGAGAGCAGCUGGCGCAAACGGCUCGGCGCAGACAAAGAAGCGCGGCGCCUCGGAGGAAGCGCAACCACCAGCGAAGCGCCAGCAAUCUUCAAUCACAGCAGCCGCUGGCUGAUACCAUACAGUUGAAUGCCUGCAAGUACACACUGCCGAACAAUACAGCUUUUGCCAAUACUUUGGCAGUGUAGAGAAGAUGUGGCUUCUCACGGAAGUUUGUGGCGCCAGGGUAGUGGCACAAUCUGUGAGACUACAGAUUCGACUGACAAGCUCCGGGCGAAGCGUCCGUUUCUUUUAGGGUGUACUCGAUCCCAUACUUCUCGAACCGCCAUGUUCAUAUUCCAUGGGCAAGGUGCUUCAUGCGGCUACUUAUGUCAGUCAAGCUGGGUUGUAGCAGAUUCGCAACUCCUCAACUAGACCUCACCCAGACGGGGAAAAAGCGUAAGUUGUUUUCCAGCAAUUCUCUGCUAGGCAGGAGGAGUUGCGAAGAAUGUUAUGCCUCCGGCCAGGGGAAGUGUCCACGCGCCGCUGGCGUGUUUUCAGGCGAUGGCAAACAACAGAAGAUAAGCGUCAGGAGGAAUCCAGUGGGCAACUUUCGUUCAUUGUAGUUGUUUGACUUGUUGUAACUGGCGCGUAUAACGGGCAUUGCGUGCCUAGUUUGUAAUCUGACGACGGCUGCACUCUAUUUGCAAACCUCUGAUGUAUUCAUAAUCCUCUCAAGGGCUAGCUAGUUGAGAAUUGAAUUGACUUGAAGACAUAAUGACACAUCACUGGUGGUUGAGUUUGAGGUUUGAGCUGGGGUGUCCAUUCAAAUAUCGUCGCCAUCGUCACUGCCACUGGACCACCCAUCCCGAUACGCCUCAGCUAGCUCCGCAAGAUCGUUGCUAAUGUUCUCUCGGUCUUCGAUGCCGAGCAAAGGGGUGGUCAGCGUGCGCAAUCCUUUCACAGCCUCUGACACUGCACUAUCCGUCGACAGACACGUUUCGACACCGACGAAUUCGUUUGGCUCUUUUUCUUGGGCGGUGUAGAUCUUCGGGAAACUAUCGAGUAUGGGGAAUGCAAUAUCAAAGGAAUGGCUGUGUAUCUGGUCGUCAGAUGGAAAAAAGAACAGUGAGGCAAUAAGAAUAGUACUGACACAUGCUCGGUAGCCCGGCCUCGUGCUGAGCUGGUUGCGACUGCGGCCUCGCCCUGUUGCCCUCGAACUAGGGAGUACCAUCCACGACAAGUCCGUUCCCUACCAAAGACAUGAGGCUGGCUGUGGUCUGGACUGAGCCUAGGCUUCGUUUUGGCCAAGUCAAGGAGAUCUAUAUCCAGGGGCAGGUCUUCAUCGCUCGCCAUUUGCUUCCCUGUCCUGGAGUCGUGUGGUUCGAGCGGCGUAGUUGUGCUAGCAGAGGCAGACAUCUGGAGUCGAGCCAAGGUUUGCUU